AUGACAGUGGUCAAUCUCUUAACUGAUCAUACAAAUGGUGGUAUUAGACAUGAUGAAAGAAAUCCAUUGAAACUUUUCAUAACAAGUAUACCAAUGCAUACGUCUCGUACAGUGACAUUUAUAUUAACAAAUACAAAUCCAAUUGAUAUUGAAAUUAAAAAUUUUUAUUUUACUUUACUAAAUACUAAUAUUAAACUUGAUUAUAUGAAAUUAUUAAAUGGAAAUAAAACAAAAAUAAUUGAUAAAAAUUUCUAUAAAAAUAAUAAUAUUUCUCAACUUGUUAUUCCGGAACAACAUCAAGCAAUUUUUUCAUUAACAAUUAAUGGAACAAAUCCACCGAAAUUUUAUAGUGAAUCGAUUACGUUUGAAACACAUUAUCAAACUCUUAAAUUAGAUAUACAAUAUCAAAUAAUCAAUGGUUCGCUUGAAUUUAUUAAUAAAACACCAAUACAUAUUGAUGUAUUUCCGAAUCGUCUUGGAACAGCCGAUAUAUUUCUACAGAAUAAAUUUGAUGAACCUAUCAAUGUUACACGUAUAGACUUUAUAACAUAUGGAAUUUGUUUUUCAUUUAUUCGAAAUAAUACAACAAAUGGCCAUGUUGAACUUGAACCACAUAAAAUACAACAAGUAUGCACAAUAAAACUAUCAAAUUUUUUUUUUAAUAUAGAAUUUGUCAAAAAAAAUUCAAGACUACAACAUUCAAAGUCAUUUCUCUACGGAAGUUUUGAUACUUCAUCAGAAAACAAAGAUGAUACAGAGAUUUAUCCGAUAACAACAUUAAACAUAUAA